GGGAGAGAGGCCCCGGGGAGAGCCUGAGGAGGAGCCGCGGGUGGCGGAGCGAGAGGCGGCGCGGCGGAAAGUUGCGCCCGGGGCGAAAACGGGGCGCGGAGUUGGGGAGCGAAGCUAAGGCUGUGUCCUGCAGAGCGGGCAGGGAGCGGGAGGUGCACACACGUGUGUGUGUGUGUGUGUGUGUUGUGGGGUCACUACUAGUGCAAAGGUGAGGCAGCAGCAACAUGAGUGCAUAUGGAUUGUGGGCUCACUAUUGCAAGGGUGAAAGUGUCUCAGAUGCAUAUGGAUUGUGGGCUCACUAGUGCAAGAGUGAAAGUGUCUCAAAUGCAUAUGGAUUGUGGGCUCACAAGUGCAAGGGUGGAAGUUUCUCAGAUGCAUAUGGAUUGUGGGCUCACUAGUGCAAGGGUGAAAGUGUCUCAAAUGCAUAUGGAUUGUGGGCUCACAAGUGCAAGGGUGAAAGUGUCUGGAGAGCACAUGGAUUGUGGGGUCACUAGUGCAAGGAUGAGGCAGUGUCAUGAGUGAAUAUGGAUUGUGGAGUCAAUAGUGUGAGUGAGGUUGUGUUUUGAGUGCAUAUGGGCUCCUUGGGGAGGAAGGGUGGGGAUAUAAAUUCAUUUAAUAAUAAUAAUACGUAGCACAUUCCCCGUGCCAAUCCAUUUUGUGCCCUAGGCAAAGCUAACUACACACACACAAAAACCCCAUUGCUAACCUACCGUUUUCAAAAACAGAUGCCUUGUGGAAGUGAUAAAAUUCUUCUAAAUAAAACAUAAAGGUAAAAUAAUGUCAGAAAUGUAUAUAACAAAAACUAAUGCCCCCUGAAGGUCAGUUCUGUACCCCUCUGAAGUCUGCAGCCUAGGCAGUUGCGUAGUUUGCCUAAUGAUAGCAGCAGCUCUGUAGGUUAUUAAAGUAGGACUAGGGUUCAUUAUUAGUGCAUGUGUGAGGUGGCAUCGUGAAUGCACAGACAGGAAGGGCUGACUUAUCCAGGCAAAUGUAUUGUCUGUGUGGAGCAUCAUCAAUAGUGCAUGUGUGUGGAGGGUGUAUUUGAAUGUAUGGAUGGAGUCAUAGGGUGUGCUUGUGGGGUUAAGAGUGAAGGAGGGGAUUAUUGGUGAUUAUACGAAAGAGUGGGUGCAAAUGUUUCAAAAAGACUGUUUCAAAAAGAAUGUGCUCCCUCGGGAAUUGAACAGUGCCUGCUAACAGUAAAGGCAAGGCCUACAAAUAGACUGCAAAUCCUAAUGUAAUUGUUUUUAUGGAAAUAAGCAGUUCUGAGCCUACUGCUGCCCCAGUGGGAGGGAUCCUGGGUAACUCACGGGUGCUGCUUUGGCAGAAGGAGGGCACGACACAGUUUUAACAACUACCACUUCUGCAUUUAAUGGAGGUUAAGUGAACUAGGCACGAAGUGAACUAGGCAUCCAGUUUUUUCGUUUUGCAAGUUCAUUAGAAACAAGGAAUGGAUACCAACUGCAAAUACAGGACUAGACAAACUUGGCAGUUUUUAAGCUUUUAGCCCACUUUCUAGGGAGUUGGGAAAUUAUCUGAUACAAAGGGGAAAUUAGAUUACGUCACCUAGGAAAUUUAUUGGGGGGGGGGUGAAUCAAGAAAACCCACACUGCUGGGUGAACCUCAAGCCAAAUUCAUGAGGAAUUUGGAGUGGUGUGCCCCAGCCCCACCCAAUAAUUUUUGGACUACUGACUUUAAAUGUUAUUCUGAAAAUAGCAAAGCAUUGCUUUUCUACUUAACUCUCAAAGGUAUGAGAUGUUAUCUCGCAUGUACUAAAAUAUGUUGAGAGCUUUGUGUGUGUGCAAAUACCUGCUGCAGUAACAGUAGGUGGUUUGAACAGAACCGGGGAAGAAUGGGUAGAAAAAGCACCUACCUAUAUCGCCAGAACUGUGCAAAUGUGAAGCAGUGCCUGUUUUAGAAGAGCCACAAAGCAACAUUUUUUUGGCUUUUGAGAGGUCCGGUUGGCCAUCGUGGAGCUGUUGUGGUUUUGGAGCUCUGUUGUUCAAAAACACAAUUAUUUACAUUCUAUUGCCAUGCAUAGGAGGGUGCGGCCCUUAGGAAUUUUGGGGCAAAGUGCCAUCAGUACACUGAUGACACACAACUCUGCUUCUCCAUAGCAUCUGAGUUAGGCGAGGCUGUGCACGAGCUGGACCAUUGUCUGGGCACAGAGAUGGAGCUGUGAGUUUGUAGUUCCUGCGUCCUGGAAACUUGGCCAAUUGCCUCUUCUGGAUGGGGUUGCACUCCCUCUGAAAGAACAGGUUCAGUGUUUGGGGUCCAUCUUUGUCACUGAAGCUCAGUUGGCCUGAGUGACCAUAACUGGCCUCCCCUUCCGCUACACAACUAUGAAUUUAACAAUUUGAUGGCACAAGGGGGAAAACUGUUCCUGUGCCUAGCCGUUUUUGUGUAUAGAGUCCUGUAGCGACGUCCAGAUGGAAGUACCGUAAAUCAAACAGAUGAUGACCAGGAUGCAAAGGAUCUGUGACAAUUCCCUCUGCUCUCUUCCUAGCAUAAAGUGUCUCUGUUGAAGGCAAACUAACAUCUUUUAACUUAAGAGAUGCAAAAUGUUCACUCAUAUUUCAUUUUCUCAAGUUAGCAUGGUACAAUUAGCUAUAUAAAUAGGGCGAAACUAGGCAAGACUAGUUUGGAUCUUUGGAUCUUUUGUAAAUCAGUUUUAUCCAGUCCUUGAUUUUGUUAUGCUGCCGCUAUUUCAGCUUGCUCUUCUGUUUUUGGCUGCUUUUAUUUGUGUUAGAUGAUGGUCUAGUUCCCUUACUGCUCUUUGCUUUUUAAUUGGGGUUGUUAUCUUGUAUUCUGUAUCUUCUCCUGGUAUCUUUACAGAUGAAGAGUGGGAUAUAAAUAUUUCAGGGACAAAAAAAUUUAAAGCUUGAUGUUGGUUGAAUCUUUUAAUGUCUUUCCAUCCUUUUUUUCUUUUCUUUUUUGCAUGGGACAUGAUAGAAACUUUGAUGCUCUCCUGAGAAUAAGCGCUUUGUGGCCAGGACUGUUUCUCUUCUACAGUUACAUAUAACUUAUCUACCAUGUUUCCCUGUGCUCUUUAAAAGUAAUGUUUGUUGAGGAAGCCUGGGUUAAACGCAAGCCUUCAAAACUCUCCUAAAUGAAAGGCUUACUUUGUGCUGUCAAAGAAGAGAGAUCAGUGAAGAAAAGAGAGGGAGGAAAUAAAUUCUGCUUCCACUAAGGAACAGAGGCAGUUCCGUAACAGGCUGCGUACAGCUAAUUCAUUUCUUUGGGGAAUGCAGGGGAUAGGAAGUCCGACAUUCUGGUUUCUGUGUGUGGUGGAAAAGGGACCUCAAGACCUUCUGUAAAUAGAGAUGGAACUAUAUGAUUUAACAGGCUAGAUCCUUCCAUUUUAUUCUUAAUCAGUGCAGAGAGUCUCUUCUGAAACACACAUAAUUACACAGUUCAAAUUUCAUUGUGUAAACCUAGAGGAGGGGCAGUUAUACGGACAAAGCUGGAAAAAUCAUAGGUGGCUGUUUUUUUUGUUUUUUGUUUUGUAUGGGUGCAUAGGUGCAUAACAAUCUGAAAUAUUAGUUCAUUCAGCCCUUCCAAGGGUGUAGUCCAGGGGUCAGCAAACUUUCUCAGCAGAUGGCUGGUCUACUGUCGCUCAGACCUUGUUGGGGGCUGGACUAUAUUAUAAAAAAACAAAUGAACAAAUUCCUAUGCCCCACAAAUAACCCAGAGAUGCAUUUUAAAUAAAAGGACACAUUCUACUCAUGGAAAAACAUGCUGAUUCUCAGACCGUCUGCAGACCGGAUUUAGAAGGUGAUUGGACCGGAUCUGGCCCCCAGGCCUUAGUUUGCCUAUCCAUGGUGUAGUCUUUUGCUAUACAAAAUUUACAAUUUGAGCCUCCUUUUUUAUGUUUCACAUUAGUUAGUUCAGUCAGAGCCUUGAAUUCAAUUGUAACUGCUGAACAAUUUAAAAACAAUUCCGAAAAGGCCCGGGUCAUAUUUGCAAGUGGUGAACACUGUGUUUUCCUUUUCGUUUCUAAAGUUAAUAUUAAAUCAAUAAUACCCCCGUUCUUUCUGGGGUUAGAAAAAGAAUGGUAAAAUGUGUGGCUGUGUUUAAUGUAUUCAAAACUAUCUUUGGUCAAAACAUGCUUUGAUGAAGAAUGUUUUCAUUUAAAAUUAAGGCUGAUUUGUGGCAGUUUGUGAUUUGACAUGUUUCUUUGAAAAUGUUAAUUUUUCAACUAAGGGUAAGCUGUUCAUUGUUAAAUUCUACUAAACACGGGUGUAGUUUGGAUUCAAAUUUAUCUAGCUAAAGCAAAUUUAAAGUCAACUUAGCCUCUCUCUAUUAAGGAAUGCUUCCUAUUUUAUAUUUAUUAUUCUCCCCAGUGAUGAAUUGUUACUUUGCUUAAAAUAACAAUUUUACCAAGUUUUAACUAUGCAAAUAGGCGAACGUGUGCAAUUUUCUGAAUACUAUUAUUAUUAAUAGCUCAUUCACAUUAUGUCUGAAGAACUGUCCUGAAUGCAGACAUGGUUCUACCUUGGGUAUACAGUAUUUGUUGCAACUAAGCUGUAGCAACGCAGCUCGAAAAGCAGCUGUACAGUGGUUCUGAAUUAGCUAUUUUGUGUUUCAGCUUUUGCUGGUAUGCUGGCUUCAAUAAACUCAUUUCUCAAUGGUAGACAAAAUGUUGCUAAACUGUGCAUUAAAAAUGUGUUUCCCAUAGGACACGGUCCACACUUUAUAUAAAGCACUUUUUACCUGCUCUUCAACUGGAGUGAGGGAGAAGGUUUUGGAAAUGCUUAAAAUACCAACAAUAACACGGUCCUCGCCCUCAGGUUUACAGUCUGAAAGACACAGUAUAAAAGGAAAAGAGAUUGGGGAGGGAAGAGGAAAAGAGCAAACCCACUGCUAUGGCCUGACAGAAUGACUCAUCCUAGAUCACUCAUCAGUGCUUAGACAGUCUCUGGCAAGGGAUGCCUCCCAAUAGGAUUUGGGAUUUUUGUUGGCAGUGCUUCUCUUCCCAGUCCCCAGCUCUAAGCUAUAUGGGGAGGUGAACCUCCAGAAGUUGGAGAUGGAAGAAGGGGUUUGAACUGUGCUUUGGUAGUGCAACAUGAGGUUAGGGACAAGACCCUGCUCUGUUGUGAUAGAGUGUGGCUCUGGGAACCACACAUUUUCAGUUGGCCAUGAAGGCCAGCUAAAAUGUCUGGACCUUGUGAAAACAUCUUGAAAUAAAUAAAUUAAAACCUCUCCCUGCCCCCAAAGUGCACAACGCAUUGUUGUAAAGCUUGGGCUGUGUUUCAUUCUUCCUGACACUGUUUAUGUUAAUGCAAGAAGGAGCUGAACAGUAGCUGCAUAUUUUGCAUUCCUGCCCUGGAGCUAAUGCUUAUUAGAGAGCCUCUGUGAGGCUCAAAAUUACCUCUAUCCCCAAGAUUCCAAAACGGCCAAGACUUUCCCAACUUAUUUUUAUCCCUUUUUUUGCCACAAGAAUUCUCAGGGAGGGAGUCUCCAACUCUUCCACCCAACAAAACCUGGCUUUCUGAGACCUUGUACUCUUGCUGUUUCCGUGGGUAAGAAAUGUACCGGUAUGUACCGUAAUUGGAGUAAAAUUGCUCCUGAGAGGUGGGUUUGAAAGAACAACUGUUAAUGACUUGACCAGAUUUGUUUUGGCAUUUUACAAGUAUGCUUGAACUGUUGCACUGGGAUGUUCUACAAAAGGGGACUCACCUGUAGAACUUUCACUGAAAAUUUUGGCCAGGAGAUUAAUCUCAUCACACCCACACACCCACACACACCCCAAAAACCCACCAUCCUUAUAUUGCGCCCAAACCAACAAAUUAACAGGCAACUAACCAAUUUAUGGUACAGUAUUCUCCUAACCUGUUAGCAGCUCCUGCCCCAGUGCUUACCCUGGUGAUGGGCAGCCUGUUAUAUUGGUCUGCAACUCCUUUACCAUUAGCCACGCAGGUUUGGGGUGAUGGGAGUUGUAGUCCAACAACACUGGGAAGACCACAACCAAGUUACCCAUUCCUGGCUUAGAUAGAUACUGACUGAGAGAUUCUAGCUAGCAAUGCUGUGUGCAUGUCCCUAAUAAUUCAUUGAACUUGGCAGAGCUUACUUCUGAGUAAGCAUACACACAAUGAUGCAAUGGUUUACUCAUUCCAGGUGUCUGUAGGCUUGGCAGGAUUACUAGGUUUAAAUUCUUCCCUGGUCUCCUUGCUGGCCCUAGAAGGACCAACUUAGCCAGUUAGCCCUGGUGAUCCUUUGAUGUCUACUGACUGGGUUGUUGUUGUUUUCCCCCAAAAUGACCCCUGGAUUUUUGAAUUGUAUUGAUAUUGAUGCUGCAUUUUAUGCUGUUUUUAAGUCACAUUUUAAUCAGUGUUUUAUAUUUGCUGUUAGCCGCCCUGAGCCCGGUUUUUUAAAACGGGAAGGGCAGGGUUUAAAUAAAAAAUAUUAUUAUUAGGUGGCAAAAGAGAGAGGCAUACUGAACACGCUCAUAAAUUAUUUGUCAAGCCAACCCAAAUAUGAUAAUGAUAGACCCAAUUAAUGGAUGGGUACAAAACACUUGGGAUCAGGGCCCAUAGUUUAAUAAUUCCAGCUCAAAUUAAAUCCUGAAAAUGAUCCUUCUCUUGUUUUGGGAGGUGGGAAUCCUACCAUGUGAACCUAGCUCAGACUUGUAAAGUAACUUCAAUAGCCUUCCUUCCUUCCUCUUUUUUACUAGCCUGCUUGGGGUUGGCUGAAAAGGGACAGAGAACUUCAUUCUCCCUGAAGCAGCCCCACUGCUUUUCUGCUAGGUGCAGCAGAGGGGUGGAGAACUCCAGCCUUCAGCUGUGUACACGCCAUACGUUAAAAGUACAUUUAAAGCACAUGGCUUCCCCCAAAGAAUCAUGGUCAUUGUAGUUUACCCCUCACAGAGUUUCAGUUCCCAGCUCCCUUAACAAACUACAGUUCCCAGGAUUCUUUUGAGAGAGGUCACUUGCUUAGAAAGCCUUCAUAUGCAGCCUUCACCUGCUAACCUGCUCAGUCGCCUGCAUGGAAUUGCUUCUCAACUGUGGCUGUCCCGUCUACUGCCUUAAAUGCACGCCUGCCCAGCUAGAGCUUGUUAUUUUAUGUUACGUUAUCCGGGUGAAGGGCAAACCAUGAGAUAACAGAAUCCUGUUUUAUCACUAGGAAAUAGCAGUUUGCCUUCUAGAAGCACAGAUAUAUUCAGUGCUGCCCCUGCAAAUCUCUCCUCUCCCAUUAAUGGAGCCUUUAAAAAAAAGUCUCAUCCAUUCAGAAUUAUUCCUUUUGGGGCUGGGGCUGAUGUGCAGUGUGGCAGGCACAUUCCCUACCCUCUCCACAAGCAACAGUUGACCAUUUUGUGACCCUUUCCCCUUCUUAUUCCUCCUGCCUCACUAUUUCUGUUUGGUUCUUCUAAAUCUAGGCAUUCUCCCUUUGCAACACUGCUAUGCACUCUUUCUCAUUAUGUCAAAGGAAAUGGCAACCACGAGUCUGUAAGUGGUGACAUACACAACAUUAUGAUGAUGUUGUUGAUGAUGAUGAUGAUGAUUAUACCUGCCCUCUCCAGCCAAAGCAGGGCUCAGAGCAGCUAACAUCAAAUAUAUAACAUAUUAACAUAAAAUCAGGCAAUCAAUUAAAAUACGUCCUAAAAUCAAAUCAGAAUCAAAGUGAAAUCCAAUCAGAUGGCAACUCCCAGAUUUAAGGCCCCCCCAGAUAGGGAUGGGGACCUUAAAUGCUCACCGGCCUAACUGUUUGUAUGAGCCUGUGAGAAAAGUUGGGGGGCCACUUUCAUACAAGUUCUUAUAGGGAGAGAGGGGGAGUCAGACUGGACCCCAACCAAAGGCAUGGUGGAACAGCUCCGUCUUGCAGGCCCUGCGGAAAAGGCCUUGGCUCUGGUCGAGGCCAGUCUAAUCUCCUUGAGGCCUGGGACCUCCAAGAUGUUAUUAUUUGCAGACUGUAAGGUCCUCUGGGGGACAUACCAGGAGAGGCGGUCCCGUAGGUUCGAGGGUCCUAGGCUGUACAUAUAGGGCUUUAAAGGUUAAAACCAGCACCUUAAACCUGAUCCUGUACUCCACCGGGAGCCAGUGCAGCUGGUAUAGUACUGGACGAAUAUGAUCCCGCGGCGAGGACCCCAUAAGGAGCCUCGCCGUGGCAUUCUGCAACCGCUGGAGUUUCUGGGUCAGUUUCAGGGGCAGCCCCACGUAGAGUGAAUUGCAAUAAUCAAGCCUGGAGGUGACCAUGGCAUGGAUCACAGUGGCAAGAUACGGUAGAUUUAAAGCACCACUCCCAAAGUGUCCGGGGAACUUUAGUUUGUCAAUGGCACUGGGAAUUGUAGCUCUAUGAGGAAACUACCAGUUCCCAGGAUUCUUGAGGGGAUGUACUUUAAAUGACCUGUGCAUAUGCAACUUUAGCUUUCUGCAACAAUGCUAUCCAUUUCUUAUGUACUAUCACUAUCACGCUCAUGUACAGACUAGUACUGCGACUAGCACAAUUGCUCCUGUUAAGAAUAAAACAUGACUUAAUGCUAGGCCAGGGUUUUUUUUGUUGUUGUUCACCUAGCUCUCCAGGAAGCAAAGUAUUGUUCAUGCCAAAAGAUGCAGUUUGUAUCCUGCAGGAAAUUCGGGGGGGGGGAAGAAGGAUGCUAUUGUUGACAUCAUUUUCCAGCACAGAAUCCAGUUGCUUUGAGAAAAAGAGAAUAACAGGAAGUGCCUCAGAUUAGCUCAUAAUGACUGAAAAAAAGCUUGCAUGGAAUGGGCAGAAGUCCUUCAAAUGCAAACUGGAUCUGAUAUGUGUGAAUCCUAAAAUGAAGUACCGUACAUAGAUACAGUAGGUGUACAGAAUAAGUUGCUAUGAGUUGUACUACUCUGGGGUAAACCAUGGGUUUGGUUCAUUUUUAUUUUUUUUGCACAGCCAAAAGAAGUUUAAUGUAUCAAAAAAAUACUACUUUUCAUUAUGCAAAUCUGGCAGUAUUUACUUAAUAGGAGCAGUAUUGUUGCCUUGCAUUUGCACCAUCCCUUCUUUCUAAUGCUGAACAAACAACAAAAACAACAAUUUUAUUAUUUAUACUCCACCCAUCUGACUGGGUUGCCCCACCCAACUGCCCUGCAAAUCAUGAAGAAUAGAAGUGUGAGUCUGAAUCGUAAACAUACUUUGUUUUAGACUUCCAUUAACUGCUUUUCCUUGGCUAUGCAGUCCAUUUAAGUCUCUUUCCUUUCUUUCCAUAACAGAAAUGCACCGCCACUCCUUGCAGCAUCUUUGAUUCAUGCUGCCAUCCACGAUAUUUUGCAGAUGGAUCUUAACGAGUUUAAAAAGCAGAAUGUGGAAGGGGAGGAAGCUGGAGAUCACGAGACGGAGCCCUUGCUGGAUGGAGGCCCUUUGCAGCGCUGCUUCUUUAACAAACUCUGGGACGUUUGCUGCAAAUGGCAGAAGCAGCCGCCGCCACCACCGAAGCCGCUUCAUCGCUACCUCCAAAUUUCCAUCCAUGCAACCCGUAAUACCCGCCGGAAAAUGGAGGACAGGCAUGUUUCCCUCCCAGAAUUUAAUCAGCUGUUUGGCUUGACGGAUGAUGUGGACCGAGCGUACUUUGCCGUCUUUGAUGGUCAUGGAGGAAUAGAUGCGGCUAACUAUGCAGCUGCUCACUUGCACGUAAAUGUGGCGCAUCACAAAGACAUUCUGAAAAACCCGGUGGAGGCCUUGAGGGAAUCUUUCCAGAAAACAGACGAAAUGUUCCUUGCUAAAGCCAGGAGGGAGAAGCUGCGCAACGGUAGCACAGGUGUGGCUGCCUUGAUUGUUGGGAGCAAGUUACAUAUAGCUUGGCUUGGCGACUCACAGGUAAUGCUGGUCCAGCAAGGGAAAGCUAUAACCCUGAUGGAACCUCACAAGCCAGAGAGAGAGGAUGAGAGACAACGCAUAGAAACCUUAGGAGGUUGCCUUAUCUACAUGGACUGCUGGCGUGUCAAUGGAACCCUGGCUGUUUCCAGAGCUAUCGGAGACCCACUCCAAAAGCCUUAUAUCUCUGGCUGUGCAGACAGUGCAACAUUUGAGCUAACCGGGGCCGAAGAUUAUGUGCUUCUCGCUUGCGACGGGUUCUUUGACACCAUCCAACCUUUUGAGGUGGUGGACCAUGUUCUAGAGCACUUAAUGCAAAACAAAGGGGAUGGCCUCAAGAUUGCGGAGAGGCUGGUGGCGGCCGCAAAGGAAAGUGGAUCCACUGACAACAUCACUGUCCUGGUGGUGUUUCUAAGGGAGCCCAAAGACAUCAUGUCCGACUGCCUCAGAGACCCUAGAAGCUGCUCUGCUGACGACAGCGCAGGGAACCCGCUCCUUAACUUUUUCACCUCCGAGAAGAACCAUUGAAAUGGAAGACGAAAGGGUGACUAUCCGAUGCGUUUAAAGCACAACGUCCAAACGUAAGCAAGUUUAAAUGGGGGUGGGAAUCCUUUUACCACUGGAAAAUGAAAGCUAUUGUGUGGCAGACAAGAUACAAGAACCCAGGGUUGUCUUCAACUAAGCUGCUCAAGAGUAGGCCCUUUAGAAAUCAAUGGACCUAAACUAGUCAUGCCUAGUUUCAAUGGGUCUGGUCUAUGAUUCUUCCAUAACUCUGACCUGUGUCUGGAUUGUACCAUUUUAGAUUGCAGGUUCAGGGAAUGCAUAACUGAAUGCCCCUCCGUGCAAAAAAGAAAAAGAAAUAUUUUUAAAACCCAACAGCCUUCUUAGAUGCAGCCAAACUAUAUACCUGGGUGAAGGCUUCUAACCUUGCUUCUCUCUGGGUGCAUUUGAUCACAGUGGCAAACCACAGUUUGAAAUAAGACAUGGUUUAACAUCCACAAGUGCUUUCCGGACUGCACUCUGCAGAGGAGAAAACGAAGCCAGAGUUUGACUUGAUGUGACCCGGUUUGUCUCCUCCAAACAAACCAUGAGCGAUAAGUCAGAACCAACACUGGCUAAUGGUUUGUGUGGAGGAAACGAACCAUAAGGCUCAGUUCAUGUGACUUGUUUCCUCUGGUGCAUGAUACAGGAGCAGGGAAAUUUAAAAAAGGCUUGUACACCACAAAUAAAUGAUAGUUUAUUUUAAACGUUUUUUUAAAAUGUUGAGUGCAGACCAGGUCUCUGACACACAGUUUUCUGUGUGGAGGGUUUUGUUUUGUUUUUAAAUGGAGGCGCAUUCAGUCGUGCAAAUCCCCAUCUAAAGUCUGCCAUGAAACAACUCCGACACAAGGCCUCAAAAAGUCUGGUGGUUUUGCAUUUACUUCUUUGAAGUAGUUUUAAGCCUGCCCAUUCAUAUCCCUGUCUCUUGGGGAGAUGGUAGAAUAACAUGCUGUAUGUUAAAGAUCAAUACUUGGAACCCACUGGAAUAAUUUUAAAUAUCAUUUAAAGGGGAUUGCAUUUAGAUGCUACUUAAUGAUAAGCGUGAAUAAGCUACCACACCCUCACCAAAGAUGAGUGAAUUGCUGUGGACAGAUUCAGUAUUAAACAAAGUACCAGAUACUGGAACAUCACAAUAUUGUUUUGCAUAAGAGCUGACGUCCCCUUCUCUUCAUUGCAUACCAAAGAAAAUAUUACUAAGGAAUAUCAAGAAUGUGCUAACGAGGCUUCAAAAGAAAGGGAGCUUAGAUACUUAAAUGAAAAAUGCAUUUCCGAAAAUAAUACCUACUAACGUACCAAACUAUGAGCACAGGAAAUGUCUAUAGGAAGGUGCCAUUACUUGUAAACACCAUUAGUGUCAUGGAGGCCAAUUUUUAUUCAGUGGGUUGCAGCCAAUUCACAAACACAACUCUUGAAUGAGCCUCAUCCAUUCCAUUGAGUGUAUAAGGAAACAGCAUUCAAUGGCUUUUCAGGGUUUUACCAUUCCAUCCUACCGGUGCCUAUUAAGUACUGUGGACAAAAUAUUUUAUCAUCCGGUUUGAAAAGACAUUGGCCACGUUCACAUGGCGUGUUAAGCUAUGGUUUGUUUUAUCCAUGGUUUGUUGGAACAAACCAAUGUAAGUCUCAUUGGUGAGCAAAUUAACCAUACCUUGUUCCACCUAAUGUUGAUUUCAUUUUCUAACCACUCUUGCCACACAUCCUAUCUGGGGAGGGGCACCAAAAUAAUCCAGCAUUACGCCAGGAUAGUAGGCGUAGCAAGAAACUAUGGUUAGCACAAGCCAAAGUUUGUAAGCCAAACCAUAGUUUCAUAUUCUGGUUUGGUGCCCACAGGCAAACCAUAGCCAGUUGGCUGAGGCGGGUUAACAAACUACAGCUAAGAUAGGCAAACCAUGGCUUCAUGUUCGGAACAAUGGGCUGGUUUGAACACGUUAUGUGCAUCUCAUUGUGAAUAUAACAUUUAGUAUUUUAUUAUUUUUAUACUCUUCUGUGGUUGAGGACUUUUUUUUAGAUGUGUUAUGUUCAAAGCUUUAUUUAUAUCAGGAUUUAGAUGUAUAUAAUAGUUAUUUUUUGCCUCUGGUAUUUAAAACUGGCCACUCUCAAGUGCCAUAUGUCAUUUUGACACAGAUGCAAAGGGCUGCUUCUUCUGUCAUGAUGUGUGUGACGUGUUAGUUUUCAUAUUCAUUUUGAAGAGGUGAUUUAUAAUGUUAAUUUAAAUACUUGUAAAGCACUUAAGGCUUUCUUGAUGUAUGCAGAAACUGGUGUGGGCAAGAACCUUUUCAUUUAAAAUAUUAUUGUGGAGGGGGGGGCAUGCUAUGUUAAAAGCUUUCCCAAGAAGGUGUGAUUUUGAUCUAAAGGAACUGUUCAGCUGCCCUUUUAGUGAGAAUAGUAAGAGCUAUUCGAAAGUGAAUCGGACUCCCUCAGAAGGUGGGGGGGUCCUCCUUUGUUGGAGAUUUUUAAAGAGAGGUUGGAUGGCCUCUCAGGGAUGCUUCGGCUGUGAUUCCUGCAUCAAUCAAAUUCUGUACCAUCAAUCAAAGCACAGCUGUUUGAGGCUCAAACAACCCAUGAUGCCGGCAGACCUGUUUCGUUUAAACUUGGCUCUGUCCCAAUCAAAUAGGUUGGUUUUGUUUUCAAGCGCAAAAGGGAACACAAGCGGAACACUCCCCACCCCACCCCCCAAUCCCAUAUCCAAAAUUCAUUUUCCUCUAAUCGCACUCUGAUUCCAGAGAUGAGCAUAGCUGGAAGACAAGUAUCUCAAAGGAGCUAAAUAAACUAUAAAGGAGGGAGCAACGUUCGGCACCCCUCGUCCGCACACAUCUUUUGCUCUUAAAACACAUCCCUCCCACUUCAUAUGUGAUUGAAGCUGGCCUGGAUUGUGAACUAUGUUGCCAUUGCAACAUAGAGUUUGAACCCAAGGGCUGUACCCAGUAUACCCUGUCCAGUAGCACAAGGUCUCUUAAUGUUGUGGAGCAGGAAUCCCGUGCGGCAAUUGCACUAGUGGAAACUCAUCCAGCAUUAGCAGCAGCAACCUGCUUAUGGGACCAAGUCAGUCUUGGUAGUCGGACCCGCGCACUGCCGAACACCCUCCCGUCAGAUGUCAAAGAGUUAAACAACUAGAUACCUUUCCAUAGACACCCGAAAGCAGCCCUGCAUUUUGUUGGACGCUGCCCAGAGCGCCUGGGGUAACCCAAUCAGAUGGUACGGGGUGUAAGAAAUAAACUAUUAUAUUAUAAGUAUUCUCUUGAACAACCACGGGUGCGAAACAUUUCACAAGCAGAAUAAGUACACCAUUAAAGUGACUUUAAUUUAGCACUGUUUUGGAUACAGCCCUGAGUUCAGGAUCUAAAGGUUGUCCAGUCCUGCUUGUGGUUAAUUCCAGUGUCAUUUAACAUAGGAAACCACUGGGGGAGAGAUGACUGGUGGGGCCCAUGGUUGAUCCUGCCUUGUUCCGGUGUGUGUGCCUUGUGCCUCUUGGAUUCAAUGUGUGUUCCGUAUUCUGAAACACUGUUUUAAAAAGAACACGAGACAUUGUGUGUUCUUGGGGGCAGAAACAUCUCUAAGAGAGGUGUGUCAUUUGCCCUUUAAUACUGUAGUGGCCUGCUAAUAGAGCAGAUUUGGUUUCUCUUGUGAUCUGGGAAGGUUUCCAGUUUGCCAGAAGUACUGCAGAUUGGUGAGGCAAAUGGAUGGCUUUUUAAAGGAGGACUAAUGAACCUGCAGGGACGCGGGUGGCACUGUGGGUUAAACCACAGAACCUAGGGCUUGCUGAUCAAAAGGUCGGCGGUUCGAAUCCCCGCGACAGGGUGAGCUCCCGUUGAUCGGUCCCAGCUCCUGCCAACCUAGCAGUUCAAAAGCACGUCAAAGUGCAAGUAGAUAAAUAGGUACCGCUACAGUGGGAAGGUAAAUGGCGUUUCCGUGUGCUGCUCUGGUUCGCCAGAAGCAGCUUUGUCAUGCUGGCCACAUGACCUGGAAGCUAUAACGCGAGAUGAGCACCACAACCCCAGAGUCGGUCACGACUGGACCUAAUGGCCAGGGGUCCCUUUACCUUUACCUAAUGAACCUGCAGUAUUUGAAAUCUCUCACCAUAAAGUCUCUUGGACUCUAAGGAUUGAUCCAUUGACCUGGUUUACAGUAAGCUGAACCUCCUUUCUUCGGGAAUUGGUUGUGCCGUGGGAAACACUGUCACCUGGGUGAUCCAGCCGUGUCUCUACUUAGCCCACGUAUGAUAUCAAGCGGGGGCAGGUGGCCCUGGUUUGUGGGAAAUGGCCUCAAAGGCAAAAUAAUGUCAGGCCAUAUUUGGCCAGAGCUUCCCCAUCCCUGGCUUUCUGGAACCACACAAACAUGUAGGGUCUGGGAACAGCUCACAGCUACUUUGCUCCAUGCUGCUAGGUUAAGCUCGAUGCUCACUAACUUUGAUUUGGAGCAAAAAACAAACACACACAUAACCUCUGUGUAUGCCAUGUUACAUACACACACUCAAUGCAUGUGUUAGUUUGCAGGUAGAUAUUGUUACAGGGUGGAAAUGCGAUGCAGAACAACUAGUACCUUGUUAGUUGAAAAACACGAAUUCUUUUCUUUGGAAUCUGUUGUUAUUUCUUGAGAAGUUGCUUGAUAGAACUCCACACCAAAAUGCUCCCGCUCCCCCCCCCCAAUUUAAAUCCUCAACAACUCAACUUCUAAAAAUGCCACCCCCUGUUCACUGUACUCCUCAAGCAAAAUAUCAGAGUGGUGUCCUUUUGAGGAGUCUUGGGCAGCAAUCCACAUUCCCACUGAAACUAAAUGGCAAGACUCUUAUAUAUUUGAAUGAGGCCUAGCCACUUAUAAAUUCCAACCCCCAUAUAUGUCUAUUUGCGAAAGAAAUAUUAAGUCACAUAUACUAGAGGGACCUGCCAUCACUAGUCUAUAAACUAGAAAUGCACAGCUUACUGGUGUAAACAGGGACAUUUUCCCUCCCAAGGGGAAAAGGCUUCCUGUCUCAUCCUGUUAAUCUGUUUGACAUGCAGUGUUUUGCAGAACCUUUGAGAGAGCAAGGGAAUGUGCAGAACAAUUUUUAGAACAAUGGGGGAGGGGAUUAAAAAAAGAAGAAGUAAAUCCACCCUCUAAUAGUGGUGAUGGAGUGAAAGGGAGGGAUGGGAAAGCAUUUAAGAAUUAUUAGUGCCUGCUUUUGAAAGGAAGGUGGGCUGGAAAAUAGAGCUACAUAUGCCUUGCUCCUUAUCAAGAGAUGCAGAGCACUGGAGGAAGCCAGAAAUCUUAUGCUGGCAGGCUGAAUCUGAUAAAUAUAGCUACCAUACCAUGAAGAGACAUUGGAUGGUACAAGGCAGCUGGCAGAGAUGAUAAGAGGUAUAUUAAAUAGGUUUUGGGUAGGGAGUUCUCAAAGCAUAUAGAUGCCCAUGUGUUUUUUUCAAUCCUAGGGCAUUUCCCAAAUACAGCAUGCAAGAAACAAUGUGUGUGUGUGUGUGUGUGUGUGUGUGUGUCCGUACUUGCAUGUACAGAAAUGAUACACACACACAGAGUACAGUACUGUAUAUGCAAGUAGUGCCCCACACAUGCUUCUGCUGCUGUAAGUGAAUUUCCUGAAGGCUGCUGAUGGCUUGGCUUGAUACUGCAGGUUUUGUUCUGAUAGGAUGAACAACGGCAGCUGAAUAAUGUUAAUCACAGCAAUGACUUUAAUCGUUGACACUGAGUGGAACUCAAGAGUGGGAUGAUGCCUUGCUUCUGUUCCACACACACACACACACACACACACACACACCCCACAAAGCUUCUUUUCUUUUUCAGGCUCUCCCAAAGCAAUUAGAAUCUUUUUUCGUUAAAAAGCUCUAAAACUUCUAGAAAAGAAAGUUGCCCUCGUUUGAAACGGGCUUUGCUCUCCGUGUUCUGGCAGCACCUGCUUUUGCUUCAUUAGAGCAUGUUGGCUUUCCUUAGACCAGUAAAUGACUUCAUCACCUGAGCCAAAGCGGUCAUGUUUCAGGUGAGGUGGGCAUCAUCCUGAAAACCUCUCUUUGCCAGGUGCUGGGUGGCAGAGGAUGACUCAUGCUGUACUUUAUCCUCAUUUGUGCCCAGGUUUCUUAUGACUAAAAAGGGAGCACAGCACCUUUAAUCAGUCUGUGGGCCACUCUCCCUUUUUUAAGCAAACUUCCUAUAUCCUAGUUUCUACACACUGUUUUCCAGAGGCACCAGGGACACAUUCUAAGCCAGGCAAAAACACUCAAGGGGUGGUAUCAAGUGGAGGCCCACAGGCCAGACAGAGAGGGAGGCCUCCGUUUCACUGGUAGUCAAUGGGGCAGGUCAGGCAUAAGAACAGUGUUUCUCAAAUUGGGCUCUCCAGCUGCCAUUGGACUACAACUCCCAUCAUCCCUGGCAACUGCUCCUGCUAGCUAGGGAUGAUGGGAGUUGUAGUAGUCCAAGGACAUCUUGGAGGUUUAUCACCCCCACAGCAGGGUGCCUUUGGAGAGCGAAAUGCAUGGUAUGCUGGCAACAUCAGCUCUGCAUACUUUGAAAACUCAUGGAAUCAUGGAAUUGUAGAGUUGGAACGAUGGCUCAGGGGUAAUGAAUUCCUGUUUAGUCCCCAGAACCAAGUUGACUUUAAUUCGAAGGAAGAGGAGAUAAAUAUAUAUACCGUAUGUUUAAUAGUCAGCUGUCAGUUGAUAGAAAUGGAAACUAGCUCUGCUGCUUCCUUUAUGGCUUCAACUCCCCCCCCCCAAAAAAAACUUAUUACCUUUCUUAGUGACAGGGAUGGUUUAAUGCAGGCAUCCCCAAACUUCGGCCCUCUAGAUGUUUUGGACUACAAUUCCCAUCAUCCCUGACCACUGGUCCUGUUAGCUAGGGAUCAUGGGAGUUGUAGGCCAAAACACCUGGAGGGCCGCAGUUUGGGGAUGCCUGGUUUAAUGCUACUGUUUGCUCUCUAGAUGUUACAAUGUGUCAAACACAUAGACUUUUAACUGCUGUAAGUUUUAUUCAGUGGGAAUGUAUAGUUAUACGAGCCCAAACGACUUGUACGAAUGGGACUGUCACUGUCGGAUAGCCAAGUCCUCCUGUCCCAUUCUGCCUCUUCUUUGCCUUAUUUUCUGGACUUCUAACUAGAAUGACCACUCGCAGCCUCUCACAGAGGUGUACUAUUUGGACUUGAAUUCUCCCUGGAGAUUCAUUACAUCAGGAGCUGCCCUUCUAAAUUUCUUCCAGGGCUUAGAUUCCACUGACCAAACUGUGGAAGUCAGAUUCAUACUACAGAGUUUUGCAAAAGCAAUAGAAAUGCAGUUGUAGGGCCAGAACAUCCAGUGUGCGGAAGACCAUGAAAGUAAAGGAAGGUGAUGAAAUCAGGCCUCCAUGCAAGCAUUUAUAUGAAUGCAUAGCCUGUAGAGUAGCAGCUUGGGGAUGGGAGGUGAGGGAAUUUGUUUCUGUCUGCAUUUUAGUGAGAAACUAGCUAAUGCACACUUCUGGAACCAGUGUGUGAGUCCAAACACAAUCAUUGUGCAGGGCACCAAAACUAGGGUUGCCAUACAUCUGGAAUUUGUCCUGGAUUUCAAUGUUGGAAUUAUAGUCCGGUGGAAAUCGGUAAAAUGUCACACAAUGAAGUGUGCGUUGAUUUCCCAAAAACCAGCUUUUGUGCCGUGGAUUUUUACUUCUUGAAAUAUGGCAACCCUAACCAAAACAUGUAUUUUGACCCUUAAAAGCAUUAACCACUUGACUGCACAUCUUUAAUAAGUUUCUUUUUCUACUUCCCAUCCUACUUUUUUAAAGAGCAGAUUCUCAAACAACAUAAUUCUGCCUUAUUGUUACUGUUAUUAUUACUAUGAUGAUGGUGAUGAUGAUGAUGGUUUUGCAGCAUACGGCCUAUAUAUAGAGCCCACUCUCUGAACAGUCCGUUGGCCAUCUUUGCUUCAGCCAAACUGGAGACGAUUAAGCUGCUACACUUAAUAAUGCAGCAUGCUUUUUGUCGAGCCAUUUCUUCAGCAUUUGGCACAUUAUAUAACUACAGAAGUACAAGCGGUAAUGCUCCUCUUCUGUAACCACUCCUGCUGAUUCCCCACCACCACCACAAGUUGUCAGUAUUAAUGACUUUGAGAGUACUUAACUGUUGCUUUAUCUUGGCAGCAUUCCUUCAUUCUGUCCUGUUGCCUAAACCAACCUUGAAAGGAACCCCAACAAAAAUUAUGUUUAGAAGUAAGGAAGUUUUUAUUCUGUGUGUAAUCCUAUUUAUUUUUUAAAACACUGUCUGCUCAUAACGAAGACUGAAAUAGGGUGGGCUUUUAUAAACUGUUGCUCUGGUACCUUUGGUAGCCAGAGGUUUGUUAGCCUUUUCAUAGUUACGAUAUAUGCAUGAACUGUAACCCUAUUCUUAUUAAUCAUGAUUAUAUGCUUAUUCAGAUUGUAACUUCUUUAAGCACACAGAUUUUCCUAAUGGUGCUUGUGUAUAUUCUGCAAUAUUUCCUGUUAUUUAUUUUUGCAUGAGGUUGAUUGGAUUUGUGUGUGUGUGUAUUUUAUAUAUAUAUAUAUAUAAUAUGUGUAUAUUAUAUAUAUAAUUUUUCCAGUAUUUGCACAGAGUGCCUCAUGUACCUAUUUGCAAACCAUCCGGAAGAAAAUGCGGAGAACAAUGGCAGGGGGGAAUUACUGGCUAUAGGAUGUGAUGGUUUGAAGUGUUAAUAAAUGACGAAAAUGUU